AUGGAUGCUGUUCAAGUGCUUUUGGUCGGGGACUCCGAUAUUGAACGCUGGCCCCCAGCUUUGUGGCCCUGUGUUGAGACGUCGUCUGUUUCCAUUUCGGGCCAGAGUGGAGCCACAGUAGAGCAGGUAGUUCCGUACGCAGAAGCGGCCAUUUCUCAAAAGGUCGAAUCUGCUUCGCGAUCAGUUUUGGUGUUUUGUGCGGGGGGAAACGACAUCAGCAAAGGAAUUGACGUUGACGAGAGUUCUAAGACAUUUGAAGGUCUUUUGAACACAGUAAUGGAUAGGCGACCCGAUCUGCACGUCAUCGUAUUGGGACCAAAAUUCGAACCUUGGAUGGAAGAUGAUCGGGAUGCCCGACGAGCGUACAUUACCAUGUCGGAAAGGUUUCACAGAGAGUGCAAAAUACACCGAGUAAUGCGACAUAUCACAUUUGUCGACUGUCUCACCAUGUUCUGUGGCGAGUCAGCCGAGAAACCUGGAGGUUUACAUGGCGGACAAGCAAACGCGGAUCCGGUAUUUUUUCAUCUCGAUCAGCUUCACCUGAAUGAUAAAGGAUAUCGAGUCUGGAAGCAAGUGGUGGAGCAGCGUAUACAAGAGAUAUUAGAAUUACCUGUCCUUUGA